AACAUUGCCUUGACAAAGAGGGUAAUAUUAACACAUAGAAAGAAAUAUUACUGCAGAAGAAGAGAAAAUAAUUUUGAACAAAAUUAUAACAAAGUUGGAUUGUAUAUCUUAAGCUAGGACAUAAUUUAACCAACUGGGUUUCAAAUGAUGUUGUUAGCAGUCGACCAUUUACCAUGGGUGCUUGCAUAACUUCAUCACCAAGUUUCAACUCGUACAACAAAGGUUUUACUCCAGGACGGUGAACUUGAAAUUCAUGGAUUUGACCUGCUGGAAUUUCCUGAUAAUUGGGAGAUGAAAAAAGAUUACAAACUAACAUGUGAAGAAAUCCAUAAAAUAGGGAUUUUCAUAUACCUUGAUGCAGGUAUUGUUAAACCAUCAUCCACACAACUGAUGUGAGUUUUCUCAUGGCCAACAUCAACAACACAACCACAACUGAUGCCACAGCCAAAUGAAGAACUGACAGAUUCCUGUGGCAAAAUUAAAAUGAAAUGAUCCGACAAUGAUCUCGGGAUCCGACAAUGAUACGACCGAUUACGAGACUUUCCGAUCUCCCUAUCUAGAUCUUUCCCUGUAUCUUUCUCAUCCAAUAUGGCGGCUGAAGAAAGAGUCAGCCCAUUUCCUCUUCCACCGAGUGACUACUUUAAACAUUACACAGAUGAGAAUAUCAAGGCAGGAAUUGCUCCAGAACCACCACCACCCAUACAGGGGGAGUAUUCCGUGUUUGGGUUACAUUUUGAGACUGAUGAACCAAUUAUAAGAUCCUUGGAACAGCAAAACAUGGACCGUCUGUAUCCUGAAGAGUUCAAUAGACAACAUGAACUCAAGAAGCUCAACCAUUCUCUUUUCAUCAAUUUUAUGGAAUUACUUGAUAUUCUUAUCAAUGAACCAACUUCACCAAAGAGAGAAAAGAAACUGGGUGAAAUCACUGUACUUUUUAUCAACAUGCAUCAUCUUAUCAAUGAACUUAGACCACAUCAGGCAAGGGAGACCUUAAGGGUGAUGAUGGAAAGACAAAAGCGACAACGACUUGAAACAGCUGAUAAACUAGAGAAGUUGGUUGACAAAGUUCUCUCACUUGUUCAGUCUUGCUCAAUAUCUCUUCAGUCUGACUCAGCAAACAUUGAUGACAGCAAAAUGAAACAUGAUUCCUCAGGAAAUGAUUGUGAAAAGGCUCCAAGUUUGAUUGAGGAAAGUGAAUUACGGACAUUGUGUGAUAUGGUGGAAGACCUAACAUAAAUCCCAAGAUGUAUUUUGUGUAAAAAACUAGAAAUAUUCUACUUGUAUAUAUAUAUAUUUAGUGUAAAUUAAUGACAAUCAAAUAAAAUUAGUGAAGGUCAAAUAUGCUGGAAUAUAGUAUACU